AUGGUGUCUUCCACGAAACCAAUUAUCCCUUCGGUGCUGUCUUUAUUGCUUCUUGCAAUACACGGUGUGGCCUCAUCAGUUGGCGCUCUGGCGGGUAAUGCUAGUGCACCCAUUGUUAACCUUGGUUAUGCACAGUACCAGGGUGCACUUGAUUACACCACCAAUAUCACGAGUUUCCUAGCCCUUCGUUAUGCCGCACCACCUCUCGGCGAGUUUUCUUUAUUGGAUUCAGUAGAAGGCGAAUUACGUUUUCAGGCUCCUCAACCUCCCCUCAAUGAAACUGGUGUUCAGCAGGCCACUACCAAUCCGGACAUGUGUUACCAGACAAACUAUGGAAAUGCUUCCAUGAGCCCUUUCUCCCUUUAUGGAUACAACAAGCGCGACACAACGAUCCCGUCUGCCUCUGAGGAUUGUUUGUUUUUGAAUGUCUUUGUCCCAGGAAGUCUACCAGCGGAACCUCUAGCAUCAGGUGGCCUUCCAGUGGUUUUAUGGAUACAUGGUGGAGGAUAUGAAGCUGGAUACGCUGCUCAGUACGACGGUGCUGACCUCGUUAUGAACUCGCAUAACGGUGUCAUUGCGAUAGUUAUACAAUAUCGCCUGGGUGCCUUCGGUUUCCUUUCUAGCGAUGAAGUGAAAGCAGGAGGUGCUUUGAACGCUGGCUUACUGGAUCAAAACUAUGCUCUUCAAUGGGUACAAAAAUACAUUGCGACGUUCGGUGGCGAUCCGGCUCAAGUAACAAUAUGGGGAGAGUCUGCUGGAGCGGGAUCUGUCUAUCAACACAUCGUUGCCAACCAAGGAAACACUCAACCACCAUUGUUCCGGGCAGCCAUGACUAGUUCAACUUUCAUGCCCUCGCAGUACUACUAUAAUGAUCGCAUUCCUACUAUGUUGUAUAAUGAAGUAGUGUCUUACGCUGGUUGUUCGUCGAGCACUGAUACACUAGCCUGCCUGCGGACCGUGAAUGCUACUACAUUGGAGACGGUCAACUACAAUCUCGCUGAGAAUGCUUUCUACGGAACCUAUAUUUUCGUUCCCGUAGUCGAUGGUACUUUCAUUGUCGAGCGGCCAAGUGUCACGUUGGCCAAAGGACUCACCAAUGGCGUAGGGUCAUUCUCACCUAACAGUCGAGGUUGGAACAGUUUUGUCAACCUCAAUGAAUCAUUGAGCGUCACCGAAUACGUGUCCAAUCUAUUCCCCGAUAUGACUCCCCUGCAAGUCCAAGAAGCGGCAUACAUGUAUAAUAACACUGGUACUGCAUUAGAGCAGGCGUUCGGUGUCUAUGGGGAUUCUAUAAUCGUUUGCCCUACUUAUUUCCUUCUCCAAACAUUUGCUGGACGAUCAUACAAGGGUUUGUUUGCAAUUCCACCUGGGUACCACGGCAACGAUAUUGCUUACUAUUUCAACAACCCUGCUCCGCCAUACAACAAUACACAGUUCAUUGGCGCGUUCUCGGAAUCUUUUAUGUCUUUCGUCAUGUCUCUCAACGUUAAUGCCAAAUUCGAUCCUACAAACAUUACGCCCUAUUGGGACGAGUACUACAUUGGCGAGACUGAGGUGCUCUUCAAUGAGACCGAAGCAGGUGUGCCGCUCGUGGUUCCAUUCCAUUCUGACCCCGCAUUACUCGAGCGUUGCGCGUUUUGGCACAGCGUUACAGAAAUGACAGCUCAGUAG